CUAAGUAGCCUACUGAGUUAGACCCAAGAUGAGUUCAAUUUUGCGCGGCAUCACUUGGACGGUAUCCUGCGGAGGAGCGUUUGCAGUUUCCGAAAGGUUCCGCAAGUCACAAGUCUGUAUGGAAUUGUGAACCAUGGAAGAGGCCGAGGCGCUUGAUCAGCGUCAGCUCCCCAGGCGAGUUUCCCACGGCUGGAACUCCGAGAUCUAGACCUCACUUUCACAUCUCGAGCCCGUCUACGUGAGACCUCCAUGACAUGGGAUGCGCCCUUGGCACCGCCCACUUCGCCGAGCCCUGCCCACGUCACAUGACGAAACUCCUCCUACCAAUUCUGAUCCUCGGCGCGCGGCGCCGCCUGCCUGCUGACGUCACGGGGCGUGGCCUCGUCCCCCGUAACUGACGUGCGAGUGUCGCUCCGCCCCCUGCGACAGUCAGGUGUUGGGUGUGUUUGCUGUCGUGAGUCUGGACAAUGUCAUCGGGGUGUGAGGGUGGAUGGCCCGGUUACCCCGCUGGUUAUUGCUACCCGCCGCCGCCGCCACCUCAGUGGACGCCGCACCAUCACCACCACCAUCAUCAUCACCAUGCGCCUCACCACCACUUCCACCAUCAUCACGCGCAAGACCUGUGCGCGCCUCAACCCAACCCGGGACCUCCCGGCCCCUUCACCUGCGCCGCCGACGGGAGCGGCACUUUGCCGCCGUGCCCUCCUCACUACUGGGACGGGGACGAGCUCAUAGACGCCUACGGGCGCGUGGUGAGGCGGAAGACGUCCGCCAACAAGAAGGAGCGUCGGCGGACGCAGAGCAUCAACAACGCCUUCGCGGAGCUGCGGGAGUGUAUCCCCAACGUCCCCGCAGACACCAAACUCUCCAAGAUCAAGACGCUGCGCCUGGCCACCUCCUACAUCGCCUACCUCAUGGAGGUCCUCCACAGCGAGGACCCUCAGCAGCAGCAGCAGCAGCAGCAGCCGUCUCAGCCCUUCAGGGUGGAUGCGCAGCCCUCGUCGACUAGCGAAAGGACGCCCGUGCAGGGCCUUGGUCUCACUCACCUGGAGAAGGAUGACAGCGACAUGGACACCGAACCGGCCUCCUCCUCCUCCGUGACAUCGUCGACCUUAAGCGAAAGAGCGGGAAUGGUCGGCCAGAACCCGUGUGCAUCAUCUAAGCCCUCUCCCUGCAGCAUGUCCUCCCCUCCCUCCGCCUCCUCCACCACCGCCGCCGCCACCUCCUCCCCCACCAACGAAGCCAGCCUGACGGCCGACAGGAGAAGAGGAAGGACCGGUUGGCCCGAGACCGUUUGGGCCCAAGAACUCAAGCACUGAAACGCUCGAGAGGCCUCCCGAGGAAAAGGGAGGGAAAAACGCUGCACGGGACGAAGUCUCAAGCAUCGAGGAGGAAUCGUUGACAAAAAUCGAGGCAUUCAUGGAAGUUUCAGUGACUCCAUUGUCCUAUUUCGAAACUAGAACGAUCAUUGUUUGGUUGAAAUGGUACCCCCCCCCCCCCCACACACUUCUUAUUGUGACACAUACGUAUAUACAGCAUAUUGCAAAUUGGGUUUUAUGAUCUCAGGCUUAAGAUUUCCAGUUGUCCUCCAAUUUUCAGUACGCUCGGGAGAGCCGUUAUACACCACACCCUUUGGUUGCUGACUACUUGGGUUCUUAUUCACCUGACAUCAUUUGGAGCUUCUUCGGAGCAGAUGAGAGACUUCAUAGAUCUAAAGAAAUUCUAGAGUUAGGUACAGAAUGUACUUUUGUAUCUUUGCAGCUUAGAUAUCUCUUUCAAUUACGUCAUCAGAAUCGCUGUUCUCGCUAGAAAGAUUUGUCGUAAAAGUAGCUGGAUAAUGAUAAUAAUAAUAAGGAAAAUAGCUAAAGAACUGAACAAUGCUGCCUGCUUCUCUGUCUCCCUGGAAGAGAUUGCAAGGUAUUUCAUCUCUGAUAUGAUGGCAUAUUUCCUUUCUGGAAAUUUAUUACGAGUUUGAAGCUGCUAUUCACUAGACAUCAACGAAUGAUUGCAAUUAACAUUAUUGUCAUUUAAGUGAAGAUUACGUGUAUGAAAAGCGUUUGGAAGGGAAGGUUUAGUGCCAUGCCUACAUUCUGUCAGAAAACUUAGGCCGAACCUUUCUCCUAGAAUUCAGCAACAAAAUCUAUGUAGUAUGUUAUCUGUGCUGUGUCUCGUUCCAGAGAUGUGAAUUGUAUUCUAGAGGAUAUGCAGUCGUGGCUGUUUCUUCUUAUUUUGAUGAAUGCUAUUAACCAGUAACUAUGAUAUAGAUAGUAGCGAUAAAAACAAUGUCGCAUUGCAUUGGUAUAAAAAAUUAAUGUAUGGAAUAUUUUUCCAGUGUGGACCGUAAGAUUAAUAAAUGCCAAUUUCGAAUAAGAAGUAAACAACACCGGUAUACGAGAGACUAAAGGCCUCACAUAUAUAUAUUUUAUAUUUCAAAACUGAGGGGGUUAGCACCAAAGUUAACUUCUCUUAGCACAAGAAAAAGGGACAAUGCUACUGUACUGAUUUCAUACUUGUAAAUAUGAUAUGGUAUGGAUUUUUACUCGUGUAUUUUUGGACGGAAUAAGAUUUUCAUUAGUUAUGUCGAUCGAUUAAAAAAUCACACGACGCUACAAAAACAUAAAUCAAAUCCAAUAGCUCCAAUCUACGAUGUUCUUUUUCAUGCAUUCACAGCAAUAGAACUACAUUAUGAAGGUCACUUUUCAUACAUGAAGCAGUGAAGCAUAACGCAGAGUUUUAACAUUUUUCCCAUAAAUACAUAACAAAUAAAUUCAUCCACGAUCAAUUUUCAAGAAGAUUCUAUCUAUGGUAUAUUGCUUUAUUGGUCUAAUUUUACUUGAUAUGUGGGAUUCGUGUUUUGUUGGUAAAAUUUGUGGUUGUUGAGAGAGUUACAUUUUCUUUAAAAUUUUGUCUAGAGUAAAUAUGAUUUUCGUAGCAGAAGGUCAUUAUAGUUUUCCCAGAGAGAAAAUGCGUUAGAUCAAAGCAUAGAUAAUUCAUGAUAGAUUUGGUUCUCGUGUGGACCAUUGGAAAGGAAGCAUCAUAAGACUAAAUUGGUUCCUAUGCGAUAUUGAGAGUUCCUCAUUUUGAAAAUGAGCAUCAAAUUCACUUAGCCAAGUUCCUCUUAUAUUUUAGUCUCGGUUGGUUGGUCUUUCACAGGUUGACCCUCAGUGUAUCAGUACCUUUCAUCAAGCAAAGGACGUGAAACUUUGUAGGCUUAUUUUUCAAACGUAUUGCUGAUGGUAAAUGCUUGCCUGGUUAAAUUGCGUUAUUUUUCCUUAAUCAAAACACCGGUGGGAGAAUGCCCACAAGAAAAAUUGUUCGCAUCGUCGGAAAGCAUAGCCUUAGAAUGCGGACGACCCGUCAAAAGAAUAAGUUGCAGAGCAAGUGCGGAAAUACUACACCUCUCUUUGCUUAGCUUUCCGUCGUGACUAUACAUCGCAGCAGAGCUGCGCGAUGGAGUGCCUCCUCUGCUUCGGAUCUUGGCGUAGCAUCUAUAGUUCCUGAGAAAAGGGCGACAUUGGUGCCAAAUAUUUCGGUGAAGUGUUGUGAUCUUAGCGUAAUCAUUAUAUUAUAGAUGUUAUUAUAUUGUUUUCAUCCGCUUUACAUAGAAUGACGUCUGUACCUAGACUGAGGAUUUUCGCCGAUAAAAUCUACCCUUUGUGAUAAGUUUCAAGCGUUCAGCAGCCAACUCUUUCGAAAGUCAUUUUUACAAGAGCCUGUCAUUCCAUGUAGGGCGGAUCGUUCCAUAUUAGAUGUCGAUCAAGGGAUUUUGGUUCUUCUUGUCUACGCAGCUUUAUAUAUCACAAUCAUUUAUUAUAUGACAAUUUCUAAGCUUUAUUGGGUGCAGAAACACUGGCAAAUGAUUUACGAGAGAGAGAGAGAGAGAGAGAGAGAGAGAGAGAGAGAGAGAGAGAGAGAGAGAGAGAGAGAGAGAGAGAGAGAGAGAUUGUGUGUGUGAGAGUCGAAAUGCACCGUCUAAUUUUAUUUCGUGAUUUUUCAAAAAUCAUUUCAGUAACUGUUAUUUAGAUUAUAUCUGCACUUGACUUUCCUUUUUCCUAUAGAGUGCGAAUUUGAUCCGGUCUGGACGGUGCUUACCAUUAGUUGCCUGUGGUAUUUAUAUGAAAAGGCUUCGGCAAAACUCGUCCAGUCAAGACUUGUGGUUUAGACUUAUCGAACCUUAGGCCUACUCUUUGUGGAAUUGUCAAAUUGGUUCUUAGCCACGAGCCGUGUUUUAUAGAACGUCGAUACUCAACCAAAUUAGAAAUCACAAGACGAAAUUUGAGUUAUUAUAUCAGUAUAAGGCGCAACAGCGAGGUAUAUAAAACGCAGAUGGGUAUUAAUGAGAAUGAAAAGUAAACGCCUUUCAUUUAUAGGAAUGGCUUAUGCUAGUUAUGGAUUGCAGAACUGAUAAAAAAAAAAGCGACCAGGGACAGCAUGAUUCACUUCUUUGUGCGAGUUAAUAGUCCCAUUAUCCUUUAGAAAUCUUCAGUAGUAUUUCACUACCAUCAUAAGGAUGUAUUUAGCUGCUUUCAUUAUUCUAUACGGUUUUUUUUUCAAUAGACAAACGUAAUCAUUUUUCAUUAACGCGAACAUUUGUAACGUCUCUUCAUUUUUUCACUUAAGGAAAAUUAUUUAUUUAUUUAUUUUAUUUUAUUUAUUUAUUUUUUUCUAUACGUAAUGUCGGACUCAAAUCUCGAUUUGCUCAGUCGCGUAUCGUCGUAAAAGAGCUUAAACUAUUACAGUUUUAGAAUGUGUUCAGCGUUCUUAUGUUGCUCUGGUGUUUAUUCGAAAUACCGGUCAGAAUCUUCCGGCCGGACUUGAUUCAUGUGAACGCUACUGCAAUUUUCUUUUGCAUGCGCCUUUUCCCCCAGCUAGCUUUUGCUAGCGCACGAGGAAAGCGCGACGAAUCGUGUGAUUACAUCAUUGCUUUGAUAUAGCCACCACAAAGGCCUGAAACAUCGAGGCGGAGGCGUUUUCUAUAAAACGUUUCGAGAAGAUUUGAGGGAGGGAGGCCGGUUGCGUCCUCUAAUGGCGCCGUUUUACCAAGUGACCCAGAAAAGCGCGCAACCGUUCUUGUAUUCAUGUCACGGGAGUAGAGUUGGAAGAAAUGUUUUCUACUUAGUAUACGGUCUGAAUGGUAUUACUCCUAGGACAAUGAUAUUUGUACAUGUUCUUGUAAGUACAAAAACAAACAAACAAAUACACAACAAACGUACGCGCCUGCUCGUACGCACACAACACACAUGGGAUUUAAUCUUGGUUGUAUCCACUUGUAAUAAGACAGGUUGUGAAAACAGAGCUGUUAUAAUGAUAUAGUGAGUUUAGUCAUGUAAGACUUCUUUGUGAUACGAAUGUUAUUAUAUUAUUAUUAUUAUUAUUAUUAUUAUUAUUAUUAUUAUUAUUAUUCAUGGACUGAAAGCAAAUAAACGGACGUUCGUCAUCGCCUUAGACUGAUCAAGUACUGCAGCCAGCAUCCGGAGUCUUUCUUUACUUUGCGCUAUCCACACUAUUAUCAUCAA